AGCAUUUCUGAAUUACGCUACGCUCACACCGCGAACGUACCCGUGAACUGAAUCCUCCCUCGUUUCUAGGAGGAACCAGAGCAUUCGCCCUCGCCGCGCCGCCACCCGCGUUCGCUCCCAUGGCGCUCAGGCCCUCGAGCCGCGCACUCUAAUCCCUAACCCUAGAUCCCACCCCACUCUCACUCACAGACAGGCACAAAACAACCGCGCUUCACUCCUCCCCGUCCUCGUCUAUCUCCUCUGUCUCCAUGGAGGCGGGGAGCAGCGGCUGCAGCGCCCGGACGGUAGCGGCGUGCGUCAUCGGUGGCAUCCUGCUGGGCGCCUCGGUGCUCGCGGUCCACCUAGCGGGGCCCGUGUCCAUUCCGAGCCUACCGCCGGUGGACGCGCUCCGGCGGCGGUUCCGGCGCCGCCGCCGCCGCCCCGUGCGCGUGUACAUGGACGGCUGCUUCGACAUGAUGCACUACGGCCACUGCAACGCGCUGCGCCAGGCGCGCGCCCUCGGAGACGAGCUCAUCGUCGGUGUUAUCAGCGACGAGGAGAUCAAGGCCAACAAAGGACCGCCCGUUACGCCGCUGCACGAGAGAAUGAUAAUGGUCCGUGCUGUGAAGUGGGUAGAUGAUGUCAUUCCAGACGCACCUUAUGCCAUAACUGAGGAUUUCAUGAACAAGCUAUUUAAUGAGUAUAACAUAGAUUACAUUAUCCAUGGUGACGAUCCUUGUUUGUUACCGGAUGGUACUGAUGCAUAUGCCCUUGCCAAAAAGGCUGGCCGAUAUAAGCAGAUUAAAAGAACCGAGGGAGUGUCAACAACAGACAUUGUUGGAAGAAUGCUUCUUUGUGUUAGAGAGAGAUCAUUUUCUGAUGCCCACAAUCACUCUUCGCUUCAAAGACAGUUCAGUAGCGGACAUGGCCAGAAAAUUGAUGAUGGUGGAUCUGAAAGUGGGACUAGAGUAUCCCAUUUUCUUCCUACAUCCAGGCGAAUAGUUCAGUUCUCAAAUAGCAGGGGUCCAGGCCCAGAUUCUCGGAUAGUUUACAUAGAUGGUGCAUUUGAUCUGUUCCAUGCUGGACAUGUUGAGUUUCUGCGACUUGCUCGAGGGCUUGGAGAUUUUUUGCUUGUGGGCAUUCACACAGAUCAGACCAUAAGUUCAACUCGAGGACGACAUCGCCCGAUCAUGAAUCUCCAUGAGCGAAGUUUGAGUGUUUUGGCUUGCCGUUAUGUUGAUGAGGUGAUCAUUGGUGCUCCAUGGGAUGUUUCAAAAGACAUGAUUACCACGUUCAAUAUCUCGUUAGUCGUUCAUGGAACAAUCGCUGAGAACAUGGACUUUAUGCAGGAUGAUUCAAAUCCAUAUGCUGUUCCAAAGGCUAUGGGCAUUUACCAUAGGCUGGAGAGCCCUUUGGAUAUCACUACAAGUACUAUUAUCAGGAGGAUAGUUGCUAACCAUGAAGCCUACCAGAAUCGGAACGAGAAGAAAGAAGCCAGUGAAAAGAAGUACUACGAGAGUAAAAGCUUUGUCAAUGGAGAGUAACUUAUGAGCAGAUCUUGCAUGAAGAUUGUUGCCUAGAUUUUUUCAGAUGCAAACCUUCAUUGGGCGAUCCACAGUUUUAGCUUUUUCUCAGCAUCUUUGAUGUGUUGCUCAUAUAGCGUAGGAAGCGUCAGAUGCAACCUUGAUGAGUGAUUAGCAGAGGUGCGACGUUAGAAGCAUUCCGAUCAUUCCCUCAGUGUUUGUAGCCUAUUUUUAACCCUGUAUAUGCGGCCUUGCGACUGUCGUUACCGGCUGAGUUCCAUUUGAGAUCUGUAGGUUUUUCAGAAUUGUGUGGUACAGUAUUAAACCAUGAAUGUUAGCCUGAUUAACUAUUUGCUGCUGA